AUCUCACAUUCAUCUCCCCCAAUUCAUGUCUUCUUAAACACAAUCACACCCUAUUCACACCCCUUUCCCAGUUUAUUACAUAACUAUACACACAUACAUUUGUAUCUCACAUCUCUGACCUAGAUCUCGAGCUCGGCGAUGGAUGUUUCUCCGAGAACAGCGGCUAGGCGAAGGACCCAAGCUCCUCUUCCAGCUCCUGCGAAGAAACGGAAAGCCAAGGUGCCGGAUUACGACGAGUCUUUGUGCGAGAAAUGCGGGUCCGGCGAGAAUGCGGCGGAGUUGCUUUUGUGUGACAAGUGUGAUAAGGGGUUUCAUUUGUUCUGUCUCAGGCCUAUUCUCGCUGCUGUUCCUCACGGCUCUUGGUUUUGUCCUGAUUGUUCUGUUCAAAUUCAGAACAAGCCCAAAUCCAUCUCUAUGACUCAAACCAAAAUUGUUGACUUUUUCCGCAUUCAAAGGUGUUCACAGCCAGCUGAAAAAUUGAAUCACGACUGCAAGAAAAAGAGAAAGCGCACAACUAGUUUAGGUGUAUCGAAGAAGAGGAGAAAAUUGUUGCCAUUCAGUCCAAGUGAGGACACAUCAAUGAGAUAUAAACAAAUGCAAUCAUUGGCUGUAGCAUUGACCGCAACAGGUGCAGAUUAUAGUAACGAGCUUACUUAUAUUCCUGGUAUGGCGCCAAGAUCAGCUAACUGUUCUACACUGGAGAGGGAAGGAAUGCAGGUUAUGUCGAAAGAGGAUACUGAAACCCUUAAUCUUUGUAAAAGCAUGAUGAAAAGAGGGGAAUGGCCACCUCUUAUGGUUGUUUUUGACCCUGUUGAAGGAUUUACUGUUGAGGCAGACAAGACCAUUAGAGAUUUAACAAUAAUUACGGAAUAUGUUGGAGAUGUUGAUUACUUGAAGAAGCGUGAGAAUGAUGAUGGGGAUAGCAUGAUGACUCUUCUUUGUGCUGCUGAUUCUUCUAAGAGCCUUGUGAUCUGUCCUGACAAACGUAGCAAUAUAGCACGCUUCAUUAAUGGUAUCAAUAACCAUACAAGGGAAGGGAAAAAGAAGCAGAAUGUGAAAUGUGUAAGAUUUGAUGUUAAUGGCGAGGCUCGAGUUCUGUUGAUUGCAAGCAGAGACAUACAUAAAGGAGAAAGAUUGUAUUAUGAUUACAACGGAUAUGAGCAUGAAUACCCAACUCAGCAUUUUGUUUGAUCUUGUUCUGGCUGCUCCCUUGAUCAUCUUGAAACAUUUUGGGUAACUUAUGCAGUUUCAAGCUCCAAGUUAUUUAUGUAGCAUCUUAGAAUAAUAUAUUACCAUACAUCUGUAGAAGCAGAAAACAGUUUUGGCCAGCCAUCUAGGCAAUGGAAUCAGAAUGAAAUGGAACCCAGUAAACUGAGUUUGAAUA